AUGUCAACAGAAUCAUCACACCGUCUCUACAUCCUCGACACAGACCUAUCAACCAAUGUAUCCACAAGGCACGGCAGGAUAGUAUCCUGCUGCCCGGACGGCAGCGACCUCCGAACCGUGGUCGACGGCAUCAAGAACCUCCCAGACGGCAUCGUCGUCGACCACUCCCGCGGCCAAAUGUACUGGACCAGCAUGGGCACCAGCCUAUCCGCCGAGGGCGGGUCCAUCGAGCGCGCCAACCUCGACGGCUCCAACCACCAGACCAUCGUCCCGCCGGGGACCGUCGGCGUCUUCACACCGAAGCAGAUCACCCUCGCCCGCCGCCGCGGCAAGCUCUACUGGUGCGACAGGGAAGGGAUGAAGGUCAUGCGAGCCGACCCCGACGGCUCCCGCGUCGAGGUGCUGUGGUCGACGGGCGACGCGGCCCUCGAGGCCGACAGGCGCGACCAGACCAGGUGGUGCGUCGGCGUGGCGGUCGACGAAGAGCGCGGAUUCGUCUACUGGACGCAAAAGGGCCCGUCCAAGGGCGGCAGGGGCCGCAUCUUUCGUGCUCCCAUCGCGCAGUCGCCGUUUGCGCCCGAAGACGUCGAGGUUCUGAUCGACGGUCUGCCCGAGCCCAUCGACCUCGAGAUUGACGAGGAGACGGGCACGCUUUACUGGACCGACAGGGGCGACCCGCCGACGGGGAACUCGCUCAACAGCGUCAGCGUCGCUGCUGUAGAGGGGGUUAUGAACGGGACCGCCAGGGGUCAGGUGCGAAUCCUGGCGAGGAGGCUACACGAGGCCAUCGGGUUGGCCUUGGAUAAGAGCGGGGGAGUGUGCUAUGUAACUGAUCUCGCGGGAGGUGUGUAUGCGGUUGAUAUAAAAAGUGGCCAGAAGACUGUGGUUUUCAGCGAGCUGGGAGAUACUACUGGCAUUGCACUGGCCUGA